AUGCUCGCUGCCUUACGACCCAAUCCUCGAGGUUUUCGCUCGCGUACCCCUUCCGUAAGUCUCUUCGUAAGACUGACCCACUCCUACAUACCGUGGUUUUACGCUAUCGACGUGCCCAACUCUAAACCAUACUUGCCUACGUACAAGGCUUUCCAAUCUCCCAAAAAAUUCAAACCGUUUUCCAUUGAUGACUCCAACCGCCUGGAAAGGGCCAGCAAGCAUCGGGAACACAACCCCGUCUUAGUCAACGAGGACUACUUGUUCAAAGUGGACCUCUCGCACAUGGAACUAUCCCCCACAUAUUGGGAGGGCCCCACGUAUCAGGUACGAAGAGGCGUCUGGUUUGACUCUUUGGACCAACCCUUAUCCAGCGACCUCACCUCUGAAAUCGAGGGCUUGUAUAAGUCUAUCAAGACUGACAAAACUGAGGGCGAUGCGCUUGCGACACCGUCUGCCGAGUUACAAGAUAUAUUCAGGCUCAAGGGUAAAUAUCCAAUCGAUAAAGAAAACCAAAAAGAGCGGGGAAAGGAAUCCAGCAACGAACACAAUGAUGAACCCGUUUUCAAGUUUGUUUUGUUCGUCAACAAGCAAACCGCUUUUCUAUUAUCGGAUCUAGACGGCGGUAAACUACAACUUGCCUUCUUGAGAUCUAAUCUGGCUCAAUCUUUACCUCUCAAUGCUACAAAGAUUACAAGAUCGUACAAGAGGCCAGCCAAGAAACCCUCCGCACCCUCCAAAGCAGCCAACCCUCAGGUCCCCGUAGCCGAUGGCAGCGGCAACUCCAAGUCAAAUAGCCUCGAAACAAAACUGGAAAAGAAAGUCUCCAAUCUUUUUAAUGUGUCAGAUUUCUUGCAAUUGUUCAACGGCAAUGCAAACAAGGAUCAAGAUGACGCAAAGAGCUUAGAAAACCAAAUGGAAAGAGACUACAAUAACGCCGAUAGCAACGAGGGUGCCGAUGCUAGUAGCAAGAUUAAAAACGGCCAAAAUUCAAACACAGGCCCCAAGGAAAAUAAAAGUAAUAAAAGAAAUGUGGAUAACCUGGUGCUUUGUGUUCAUGGUAUAGGCCAAACACUGGGCAAGAAAUACGAGUAUGUCAACUUCCCGCACACGAUAAAUUUAUUGAGAUCUAACAUGAAGAAAAUCUACAGUAAUUCUAAGAGAUUACAGUCGUUAAACACAGCAUCUGAUCACCAAAAUAACUGUAAUUUGCAGGUCCUGCCCAUCACUUGGAGACAUUCAAUAAGCUUUCAAACUGACGCUAAGGAGGAGAAUAUCGAGAACCAAGAAUUACCCACUUUGUCACAAGUUACAGUAAACGGCGUGUUGCCCCUGCGGAAACUACUAGCUGAUGGUCUAUUGGACAUCUUACUGUAUGUCGAACCUUAUUAUCAAGAAAUGAUUCUCCAUCAAGUUACGUCUCAACUGAACAAAACUUUCCGAACUUACAAGAAAUACAAUCCAGAAUUCGAGGGAAAUGUUCAUUUAGUGGGCCAUUCGUUAGGCAGUAUGAUCUUAUUUGAUAUUUUAUCCAAACAGAAAAAAUUCAAACUAGACUUUCAGGUAGAUAAUCUAUUCUUUAUUGGAUCACCAAUUGGACUUUUAAAGCUGAUUCAAAGAACUAAAAUUGGUGACCGUCCCAAAUUCCCCAAUGAUUUGGAGAAAAAACUAACCAUACAAAGGCCGCAAUGCAAGGACGUUUACAACGUCUAUCACGUCUGUGAUCCCAUUUCCUAUAGAAUGGAACCUCUUGUUAAUAAAGAAAUGGCAUACUAUGAACAAGCUUAUUUACCUCAUUGUAGUGAAGCCUAUGACUUGACUUCCAAGGUUUUAGAGUUUGGUGAAAACAUAUGGAAGGACUUACCUGGUACUGGCAACAGCACUACCAAUGAAAAUAAUUCGCAAUCCAAGGAAAGAUCAUCUAAUGAAACCAAGACCAAACUAUCAGAUAAAUUAACAACAAUGCUUACGGAUUUAAACUAUAGUGGACGKUUAGAUUAUGCCAUGCUGCCAAGUUUACUUGAAGUGGACUUUAUAUCGGCUAUUAAAUCGCACGUUUCUUAUUUUGAAGAACCCGAUAUUGCAGGGUUUAUCAUGAAAGAAAUUUUAGCCAAGCAUGAAAAAGUUUCCGAAAUAUGCGCGAAAAGGAAGGCAAAUUGA